AUGCCUCUUUUCAGCAAAAACUCUGGAAGCAUGAAAAAGGGAAGUGGCAGUUCUUCCGACUCACAGUCGAACGGUAGCGAUAAAAAAAAGCACCACAAGUCUCCUCUGCAGUCCCUGAAGGCCGCAGGGGACAAGCUCAGGCCUCACACUGCGGUGACUUCGACCACUGAGCAACCUGGAGCGUCUUCUAAUGACCGUCCAGCUGGGACCUCUGUGCCAAUCGCAUCUCGCGCAAACCCCAAUGCCAGAAAUGCUGGGUUGAAUGAGGCAAAUGACGACAGUGGGCCCGUUGACCCUACUGCGCCUACGUCCGCAGAUGGCGUACCAAGCAAGUCUCAAUCGAAUGUCAGGCCUCUUUCCCAAGAGGACUCCCAGCCUACGCCUCCCGAUAGCCGAGGCAAUUCUGCCCGAGACCACAGUUCGGAGUCAGUUGAUAAGGACCGCGGUCAGGAAGCUGAGCCCACAAUUCAGGAGCGUGCCGAGCAUCAAUCGGGACCCACUCAGAAGGUUAUGCAGAAGGAGGAUCCCAGCGACAAGCACGCGGCUCCUGCAGCAGAUGGCACGACCAAAGGCGAGAACUACGAACCAGAGAGCAUGGCCGAAAAGGCUGCGCAAAACUCGGACGAUAUUCUGGAAGGUGACAACUUAAAGGCUAGCCACGAAACUGAGAGCCCCAAAGAACACCAUGGAUCCAAGCCUGUCAAUAUCGAAAGCACUGCUCAACAGAAAGAGCGUCUCGAACAGGUUCAACAAGAGCUUCAGGAACGAGGUGAUGAGAAUCUUCACCUACAUGCCACUGGCUUGGAUGGUCAUUUAGGAAAACCUGGCGAGACAGCCCGUGAGCAUGUACAAAAGGAUAUGGCCAAAGCUGCAAAGGAUGUGCCCGGAAUGCACGUCGGCACUGAUGACCCUGGCUUGCCAGGCCAUGAUAUGGGACCCUCGGAAAUCACCAAGAACGUCAUAAAUGAAGAUAAGGAAGCUUCCAGAGCCUCCGAAACACCUUCCUCUGCGUUGGAUAAAAAAUCUGAAGGUCAAGCUGAUGCGGUAUCCGAAAACGUUGACAAGGAGAAGGUGUUGAAGAAGUUUGGAACAACUCAAGAUGAGCUUGCCGACCGUAGGGCGCGUCAAAGUGACUACACGGGAUGGCGGCAAGUCGCUGGAUGGGACAAACGGACCGUAAUCAGUGAUGGAGAGGCGCAAGAAAUGCUUCAGCGUUCUACUCUUCUCGAGGAAUAUAUCAAGGACAAAUACUUCGGUGACUGGUACCAGAAUACUUGUAUUAUUCUUGGAACAGCAGUUCUCUCUUUUCUGUUGGGUCAUUACCGUUUCUCCUUCCCUUGGCUAACAUUAGUCCUUUUGACUGCCGGAUCAGUUUAUCGUACAAGUAUCCGUCGUCUUCGUCGCAACUAUCGAGACGACGUCGUUCGCCAAGUUAACUUGGAGAAGAUUGACGAUGCCAAAGAGAGUAUGGAGUGGCUCAAUGCUUUCUUGGUCAAAUUCUGGCUUAUUUACGAGCCCUCUCUUUCGCUCAUGAUCACCCAGAUCGCCAAUGAGAUCCUUAAAGAGCAAACACCUGGUUUUAUCGAUAGCCUCUCAUUGAAAAAGUUCACUCUGGGCACUAAAGCUCCCCGUAUUGAGUUUGUACGUUCCUUUCCUAAAACCGAUCCUGAUGUGGCGGUUAUGGAUUGGUCUGCGUCCUUCACCCCCAACGAUGUUUUGGACUUGACAGCUCGCCAGCUCAAGAACAAAGUCAAUCCAAAAAUUCAGCUUAAUGUCCGCGUUGGCAAAGGGUUUGUUGGUCAGUCUUUCCCCAUUCUCGUCGAGGAUAUGUCCUUCCGCGGUACCGCUCGGCUGCGCAUGAAAAUGAUGCCAAAGUUUCCUCAUAUCCAGACGGUGGAUGUUUCCCUGCUCGAGCCUCCUGAGUUCGACUUCUCAUUGAAACCCAUUGGCGGUGAUAAGUUCGGUUUCGAUAUCGUAAAAACUGUUCCUGGACUUUCCAAGUUCAUCAAAGAGAUGGUUCACGCUAACCUUGGCCCCAUGCUGUAUGCUCCGAAUGCUUUCCAAGUUAACUUGGAGCAAUUGAUGGCUGGUGUAGGUGUCAUGAGUGGUGUUGGUAUUUUGUCAGUCAACAUUCGCAGCGCAAAGAAUCUCAAGAAGGAUGCACGUGAUGGAACGGUUGAUCCUUACGUCCGUCUUAUGGAUAGCCAGAAGAAGGAACAGGCACACACCAAGAUUAAAGCUAACACUGCAGAACCUGUCUUCAAUGAAGUAUUGCGUAUGAUCAUCACCAACACUACCGAGACCCAAUUGCUGGAGAUCCUCGAUUUCAAUGAGCAACACAACGAUCGUGUUAUUGGUACGUUCAGUCUGCCGGUGGCUAAAAUCGCAGAUGGUUUGCUGGAAGAUAUCAGAACCGAGUGCAUUAUCUCUGGUGGCCACAAGUCUGGUGAAAUUACUUUUUCAGCCUAUUAUGCGCCAGUUCAAAUGGCCACUGCUGACGAGAAUGGAGAUAUUGAGGAACCUAGAGAUACAAAAGCUGGUAUUCUUAACUUCACGGUUGUGGGUGCUCGUAAUCUUGAUGCAAAGUUCUCCAAGGUCGGUCAGCUAUCUACGUACUGCGAGAUAGAGUUCGAUGGUAAGCUCUUCGACACAUCUCGCGUUGCCAAAAGCACCAACUCACCUGAUUACAGCUACAAUAAAGAGACCAUCAUUAUAAACAAGGCUAUGACGCAGGCUGUUUUCCGUAUUCGUCAGAGUCAAGGAAAGCAGGGUCCUCAAGUUGGCACCUUCCGUGUUGGCUUGCAACAGCUUUUGCUGGAAAACCAGAAAGAGCACGUUUGGUUCCCCCUCGAGCCUCCUGGGUCUGGUGAAAUUCAGAUCCAGACUCAGUGGAAGCCGGUUGUUUUGGCUGAUGGCUCGGGCGGCGACUAUAUUGAGCCUGUUGGUGUCGCACGUCUCACUAUCAAGCAUGCUGACGAUUUGCGUAAUCUCGAGCAUAUUGGGAAGAUUGAUCCAUACGUGCGCUUCCUGGUUAACAAGAGUGUUGUGGGCCGUACAAGUGGCUUCUCCAAUAAUCUCAACCCGGUUUGGAACGAAGUGCAUUAUGUACCUAUUCAGAACGAGCUUCAGACGUUGACCUUAGAAGUAAUGGAUUCUGAAAAGCGGGCCAGUGAUCGCUCUUUGGGUUCGUUCUCGAUCGAUCUUAGCAAAAUCAUGACCAAGGAUGCGGAGACUAACAAAUACAAAACCUACAUUUCCGACAAAGAAGUUACCAAUCGUCUCGUUAUGCCCAACCGUGGACCUAAAGGUACCUUGACAUACGCAAUCGAGUUCUUCCCUGCUAUUCCGAUUGUUGCACCUUCUGCAAGGGCUCACAUUCUUAAAGAGAAGAAACUUGUUGCUGAGCUCGAACAGAAGAAAAAACUUACGGAUGAAGAAAAGGCUGAUCUUGAAACUCGUCGCGAGCGCCUCCAAGUGGUUGGUGUGGAUAUGCCAAUAGAAGAACAGCUGGAAUACAAGGCCGGUGUGUUUGCUUUCUCUGUUGAUACUGUCACUGGAGUAGAGCCUGGGCAGCGGUUACGUGUUACUGCGGAUAACAAACCAUUUACCAUUAUGCUUUCUCGCAAGGCUCGUGGUAAACGCCUUAUUGUUAACCAAUCUGGUGACACAGUAACUGGCCAGUUCCCAUUAUCUUCGCUCCGCUUCCAAAUGGUUAAUGCCAAAAACGAGAAUGAUCCCAGCGCAGUUGACAGGGAGAUUGUAUUGGGUAUGCAAUCUCUUCUCAGAGAAGCGUACGGCAGUCCUAAGGCUUUUAAGUUUGGGGAUGGUGAAAUCACCCUCAGUGCUCGCUUCUUCCCCCUGCCUGAGCUGGUCAUUGGGCCCGAAGAGGACAUUUCAGACAGUGGCUGCGUUGAAGUGAUGCUCUACUCAGCAUCUGGCGUUCGCGCUGCUGAUUCUAGCGGCACAUCAGAUCCUUACACCUCAUUCCACGUGGACCUCAACAAAGAGCGUAUCUACAAAUCAACUAUUGUCAAAAAGACGCUGGAUCCAGUUUGGAAUGAGCGCUUCCGUUUCGAUGUUGAUAAGGUCCAUGGCUCCGAACUGCGCGCAAUCGUUUGGGAUUGGGAUAUGGGAAAUAAAGAUGACUUCUUGGGCGGUGUCGCAAUCUCGUUUGAUGAAUUAGAACCCUUGGUCUGGAAAGAUUUCGAGCUCGAACUUGGCAAUGUCAGGAAGGGCAAAGAAACGGGAGGCUGGCACAGUAGUAAACAUAUUACUGGCACUAUCAAGCUUGCCCUUCGGUUUGAUCCAGGCGUGGUACAUAUUCAUGAAGAAGAGAGCGAGGUGGGCAAGGAGACUGUCACUAAAGUCGGUCAAGCCGGUCAUGCCAGCGUAAGUGCAGCGGUUGAAACAAUCAGCCAUGGCCCCUCCAAGGUUCUAGGCGGUAUUCUGGGCCGUAAGAGUAUCGACUCGAGUCGGUCCGAUUACGAGGUUGAUUCAGAUACGUUCUCUGUCAGUAUUGAGAUGGUAAAGGGCGUCACUGACGUCAAAGAGGUACAACUGAGAGCCUUCCUAGUUGGAGGUAAGGAGCGCGAACUAUUCAAAUCGCGGAAUGUCAAGGUCCAGGAUGGAGACGCCGAGUAUGGUGAGGACGUGUUUGAGGUGAGUGCCCCUCCUGGUGAACAGAUCGGCUUCAAGUUACGCUCAGUCAAAGGACUGGGCCGACACUCUGAAAUUGGUCAGGGCACGGCCCCUCUCACGACCGGUCGCCACGAAAUCGACUUCGGCGCAGGUGAAAGACUCAUUAUCAGUAUCCACAAAUAG